UCGGGAAAGCAGCACAUUUGGAUCCCUCGGCGCAACAACGAUACCAAACCGGAACCCAGAGCCCAGAGGCCGAGAGCGUCGACGCCUAUUUAAAGCCCGAGAGGGACGGUUGAGGCCUCCCACCGGCGUUUGGCUUCGCGUCCCAAAAACCAAAACCACAGAAUCCCAAUCCAAAGAAGAAGAAGAAGAAUCGAAUUGAUUGAAAUCAAGAGCGGGAAUAUAUAUAUAUAUAUAUAUUUACAUGGCGGGGGGGCAGUCGAGGAAGUGGAUGAUAUUGGUGGCGACGGUGUGGAUCCAGGCGUUCACGGGGACCAACUUCGACUUCUCGGCCUACUCGUCGGACCUCAAGGCCGCCUUGGGCAUCUCCCAGGUCCAGCUCUCCUAUUUGGCCACCGCCUCCGACCUCGGCAAGGCCCUCGGCUGGUCCUCCGGCCUCGCCCUCCUCUACCUCCCCCUCCCCGCCGUCCUCCUCCUCGCCGCCGCCAUCGGCGCCGCCGCCUACGCCGCCCAGUGGCUCGUCCUCACCGGCCGCCUCUCCCUCCCCUACCUCCCCGUGUUUCUGCUAUGCUUGCUGGCCGGAUGCAGCAUCUGCUGGUUCAACACCGUGUGCUUCGUGCUGUGCAUCCGCAACUUCCCGGUGAACCGCUCCCUCGCGCUCUCCCUGACCAUCAGCUUCAACGGCGUCAGCGCCGCCCUGUACACCCUCGCAUCCAAUGCCUUGGAUGGUUCUUCCUCCACCUACCUCCUCCUCAACGCCACCCUCCCUGUCCUCGCUUCUGCCGCCGCCCUCCUCCCCAUCCUCCGCCAGCCCCCCACCCACCUCCUCCUCCUGCCUCCCGACGCCACCCGCCGCGACUUCCACGUCUUCCUCCUCCUCAAUGUGCUCGCCUUCCUCACAGGCCUCUACCUCCUCCUCCUCAACUCCGUCUCCUCGAACCGGCCCGUCCUUGCCCGCCUCCUCCUCGCCGGUGCGAUCAUCCUCCUCCUCGUCCCCCUCUGCAUUCCAGGCACCGUCUGCGCUCGCCAUUGGGUUCGGCGGACCAUCUACUCUCGCUCGGGCGCCGACGAUGUCCACUACUCUCCAUUCAGCCGCAUCGAGGACUUGGAUCUUCGCAAGGAGCUUAUCCGUGGCACCAACACAAACAGCAACAUCCAUGAGAAUGAUAGCAGCAGCAGCAGCAGCAGCAGCAGCAGCAGCAAUGAUAGGGUCGUCGUUGGAGAGGAGGAGACGCGGCGAUGGUGGUCGCAGCGGUGGCGGUGCUGCGAAGGGGUGAUGGAGAAGAACCGGCUGGCGGCGAUCGGCGAGGAGCACAGCGCCAAAAGGCUCAUCACCCGGAUCGAUUUCUGGUUAUACUACGUGGCCUACUUCUGCGGCGCAACGGUGGGGCUCGUUUACUGCAACAACUUGGGCCAGAUUGCCCAGUCCCUGGGAAGGGAGUCCAAGACCACAUUGUUCGUCACCGUCUACUCCGCAUGCUCCUUCUUUGGCCGUUUGCUCUCCGCCGCCCCUGACUUCCUUCGCGGGAAGGUGUACUUUGCUCGAACGGGAUGGUUGGCGAUAGCAUUGGUGCCGAUGCCGCUGGCCUUCUUUCUGCUGGCGGAGGCGGGCGACGGUCAUGCUCUGCUUGCAGGCACGGCGUUGGUGGGACUGAGCUCGGGGUUCAUCUUCGCGGCCGCGGUGGCGGUCACGUCGGAGCUCUUCGGGCCCAACAGCGUCGGGGUCAAUCACAACAUCCUCAUCACCAACAUCCCUCUGGGAUCUCUGCUCUAUGGCUUGCUUGCUGCCUUGGUGUAUGAUGCCAAUGGGAAUUCAAGCUUCAGGGGGGUGCAGCUUGGCGAUGGCAUGGUGGUGUGCAUGGGGAGGAAAUGCUAUGCUAAGACUUUCUUGGGGUGGGGUUGCAUCACUUUGGUCGGGCUGCUCUCUAGUGUGUUCUUGUUUUUGAGGACCAGGACGGCGUACGACCAGGCUGAGCAUGGCCAGCCAAUGCCGCAGAGCAGGGGUGGCGAGGAUUUCCGAUGAGAAGGGAUGCAGCUCGAGAGACGUGCUAGUGUUUACUAGAGAGGUUGACAGACCAAGGGGGCAAGAAGCACCAAGUGUAGGUGUUCUUGUCUGAAGCCAGAUUGCGCUGCACUAAAUUAUGACGCAUGGAAAGGAUAUAUAUUGUAAAUGGAGUAAAGGCAAAACGGAUCCAACUUCUGAUUAAAUGGACCGUUUUCUAAACAUUAGGAGACACUAGAUUUCAACAUAUGAAGGGUGAUUAGCACAGCCAGCUAAUUGUGUGCCAAAAGAGAACUCUGCUUCCCAUUUUCUUAAUAAAAUAGGGAUGGAGAUUUCUUAAUUAUAACCUAGGUGUUUGGAGAAAACAAGUGCAAUUCGCAUACCAUAAAAAAGUCAAGCUUUCGCUAAGUUGUAAGACCUAAACUUUGAUGAGAUGUCAUCAAUACUCUACAGGGUUUUUGGGAUAGAGUUCGCUUUAAGGUUGGUUCUGGGAAGAUAAUUGGAUUUGUGAUGCUUCUCUCCGGGUUCAUUUCUUUUUGUUAUAUAAGGUUAGUCGCCGGGAAAAAAUGGAUCGGUUGCAAAGUACUUCAAUGCAAGAACAAGUUCAUAGAAAAUUAGAUUGCCACUUCAUCACUCUAGAGAGGCUGAGACACAAUUCAAUCAUCUUUUAUCCCCAUAAGCUAUGUAGUUUCUUUAUCCUAGGAAGAGGAUCAGGUGGUGUGGAAUUUAAACAGCAAUGGAUCCUUUCUCUACUGCCUCCCUAUAUCAAUUCUUAAACACCAGAGGAAUUAGAAGCAAAUUCGCGAGCUCUUUAUGGAAACUUUGUGCGCCGCUAAAGAGUAAGUGUUUCAUGUGGCUAUGCUGGAAAAAAAAACUUAAUACAAGAGAUAUGCUGCAAAGAAAACUGGGAAAAAAUAUGGGUGGUUGCAUCCUUUUGUCAAAAAGCCCCGGCCAUGGUAAAAGCACCUUUUUCCAUUUGCUAUUUCUCCCCAUCAAUCUGAAAAGCUAUUUGCACAUCACUUGGAGUAUUUCAUCCUCAAUUGAGUUUUGAUUUCCUAUGCCUUCUUUGGUGAAGAAGGAAUUUUACAAAAGCUCUGCAACCUGUGGUGCUCAUGGGGCUUGUUGAUGAGAAAGAAAGGUCACAAUUUUUUCGAACAAGCAUUCCUCCACUGCAUCUAUUAUCUCCGAGGACUACAACUCUUUAAUGAGCGGUCAUCUCUCUGGGACCAAAAAAUGCUUUCUCAAUUUAUCAGAUUUAUGUUGGUGGGAAAAAAAUGUAUGUUGGAUUGACCAAUGUAUUGACGAAACAGCUUAAUAGUCACAAGUGAAGGAUCCAACUUCAUUUUUUCAAAAAAAAGAAACUUCUCAAAAAUAAAGCUAAUUACUCCUUAAUAGGAGGAAGCUUAUAGAUGAUGACUGAUUGUUGAAUCAACAAACAGGUCUAUGGUACAAGUCUCAAGUAUGAUGAAACUGGGUGAAUUAGUCAUAAUUUGAUAACAUUUUAUAUACUUUUUAUCUUUUUCCACGUUGACGACUUCAAUCUCACAGGUGAUGACUCCUUAUACAUUCGUUAGAACUCCUAGCUAUUCAGUAUUGAAAACUCUGCCUUCUGCAAAACCUAACCUUCAUAUCUGCUAAUCAGCCAUCAUUUGUACCAUGGAUUCAUUUUGCAUCUCCAGAUCACCACUUCAACUAAUUUCUAGAAUCUUUGUGCUACAUCCUCAGUUUCCUUUAUAUAAUUAAAUUUACCACUCAUCGUUGAUGUGCUGUACAUCCCUAUUUUGCCCUCUUUCUUGCUGUAACACUUUUAACUUGUCCUCCAAUUUCAACUAGUAUAUCAGCCACAUCCAUAGGUGUUGUUGACCUUUACCAUGUUCAUCUUAAGGUAACCUCAUCUAUUACUUACAGUAGUUUUGUUAUGUCCAGCAAGAGAGAAUUCCUUACUCUUUUCCAUCAAUAACUGACAAGAACAUUGUCUUGGUUGCAUAUAAGAACCUCACAAACAACUGUUAAUUUGUCAGAUGUAGUUCUCUUAACAACACAUUCUUGAGACCAAGCACUCUUUAUAUUUCC